AUGGCGGCCUCAUUGGAAGACGAGUUUGAGGAUGCGCCUGAUGUUGAGCCGUUAGAACCGACGCUGAAGAACAUUAUCGAGCAAAAAUCUCUGAAAUGGAUAUUCGUGGGUGGAAAGGGCGGUGUUGGUAAAACAACGUGUAGCUGUAGUUUGGCAGUCCAACUGGCUGCAGUCAGGGAGAGUGUGCUCAUCAUCUCCACAGAUCCAGCCCACAACAUCUCUGAUGCUUUUGACCAGAAAUUCUCUAAGGUUCCCACAAAAGUCAAGGGCUAUGACAAUCUCUUUGCCAUGGAGAUUGACCCAAGCCUGGGUGUGGCAGAGCUACCGGAUGAGUUCUUUGAGGAGGACAACAUGCUGAGCAUGGGCAAGAAGAUGAUGCAAGAGGCCAUGAGUGCCUUCCCAGGCAUUGAUGAGGCCAUGAGCUAUGCCGAGGUCAUGAGGUUAGUGAAGGGAAUGAACUUCUCAGUGGUCGUGUUUGACACUGCCCCUACUGGCCACACGCUGCGGCUGCUCAACUUCCCCACCAUUGUAGAGCGGGGUCUGGGCCGCCUCAUGCAGAUCAAGAACCAGAUUAGCCCUUUCAUCUCCCAGAUGUGUAACAUGCUAGGUCUGGGGGACAUGAAUGCAGACCAGCUGGCAUCUAAGCUAGAAGAGACUCUCCCUGUUAUCCGCUCAGUCAGCGAACAGUUCAAGGAUCCUGAGCAGACCACCUUCAUCUGCGUAUGUAUCGCUGAGUUCCUGUCGCUCUAUGAAACGGAACGGCUGAUUCAGGAGCUGGCAAAAUGCCGCAUUGACACACACAACAUCAUCGUCAAUCAACUCGUUUUCCCAGACACCGAGAGGCCAUGCAAGAUGUGUGAGGCCCGCCAUAAAAUUCAGUCCAAGUAUUUAGACCAGAUGGAAGACUUGUAUGAAGAUUUCCACAUUGUCAAGUUACCGCUACUGCCCCAUGAAGUGCGAGGUGCUGACAAGGUCAACACUUUCUCUCAGCAACUUCUGGAACCUUAUAAACCCCCCAAAAAAUGAUUCCCUCCCAUCUGGGACACCCCCAACCCCUUUUCCCUCACAGCCUAAUGCAGUCUUGAAUACACCUCAUCUGAGCCCCCUGAACCAGCCUAACUCCCUGCAGUAACAGCCUCAAGAUCACAUCACACCUCCCCAUUAUCCAAAGCAGGACAUACUUCGCUGCAGACAAGAUUUCACUCUAGGGGCACAGAAACAAAAAUUGCAUACAUAUAUUAUCUCUGUUACACAUACACACACUAUUCAUGCUUUACAGUUGUAGUGACAAGGCAGCACAAGGUUAUACUCUGUCUUUUGUCACUUUUCUCAAUUUGUUUCUCCUCGGUAUUUCCUUAAUAUCCACCUUGAAGAUUGUACUACUCCUACUCGAGGCGUUUAACUUUUUCUCUCUUAAAAACAAAUGGAAAAAAAAUCCCCUCUGUAACUUACCUUCCUUGCUCCUUUUCAGUGUCUAGCCUCAAAUGUGCAUAGUGGUGGCAAAGUGUUUUUUUGUAAGGAUUGAUGCUGUUAAUUCCAAGGCAGAACAACUCUAAUAUGCCUAUCCUUAAUUUUUGCCAGGUGGAUUUAUUUAUGUGGUUCUGUCUGUUCUCUGACUGGACCUCCACUAUUUAAUAGUAAAUACAAGCAUGAAAAGAUAUUGGUAGUGCUUUGCCUCUGUCCUGAGCACAAAUGGAAAGGUCACAAAAUAUAUUGAUUCCAAAAGGUGAGCUUAUUAACAUAUGUAUAUAUAUAUAUAUAUAUUUCUCCACGUGCAAGGCAAUGAAAACAUGUACCCUCAAUAUAGCAUAUACCAAGCAGCCUGGGACACUGCAUCACAAAGAAUUCAACAGCUUAAGGCAGUGAAUCUUUGCAAUCUACCAAUUAAAACUGUCAUAUCAACAUUACCAUGUACUUAUGGCCCUUUCAAGAUAUAAGCCGUCUGAUCAGCUGGUCAUUUUACUUUGUCACAUUCAUCACACAGGAUAUCAUCUCAUCGCAAUCAUGGUGUACACACCCUCAUCUAAACAACGUCAUUGAAAUUGAAAUCUGCAGCUUUUUUGCAAAUUGUCAUUCAAUCUAUUUGGAUCAUGGAGUCAGGUUACAUAAUUUCUAACUGGCAUCUUUACCAUGGUUGGAGACGCUUCAGUCUCAAUAUACUGCUGUUGAAAUUGUUUGGAUGGGUCACACCAACUGAUGUAACCGAAAACACGUACGUGUUUGAAACAACUCCAGUAGGAAAAAAGAUUUAAACAUGAUGCUGAUGUGGCCAUGCUUCUGUUGGACACACAAUAUUACUUUGAAUGGUGUUGCAUUAUAUUUUGAUGUAGUUUGUAAUACAUUGGACUGCCUACAUUAGUUUUGGUCUGAGGAUGUCAUUUUACAAGGGUGCAGACUAUUUACUGGUGAGCUGACAGUACACAAGGAACAAUUGUUGUCACAUCUUGGUUGUAGUCCAAGUAAAUCGGUGUCAUCGGGUCUAUUUCUCUCUGCCUUCUACAUCCAACUAUAUUGGAACACAGUUACUACAGUAAUAUUGACUGUCUGUCCAGAACAAUUUUGGCGGUUAGCGCGGUUGCCUCACAGCAAGAAGGUCGUGGGUUCAAGCCCUGGGGUAGUCCAACCUUGGGGGUCAUCCUCUGUGUGGAGUUUGCAUGCUUUGUGUGGGUUUCCUCCAGGUGUUCCAGUUUCCUCCCAGAGUCCAGAGACAUGCAGGUCAGGUGAAUUGGCCGUACUAAAUUGUCCCUAGGUGUGAAUGUGUGUAUGUGUGUCGGCCCUGUGAUGGCCUGGUGGCCUGUCCAGGGUGUCUCCCCACCUGCCACCCCAAGACUGCUGGGAUAGGCUUCAGCAUCCCGUGACCCUGAGAGCAGGAUAAACGGUUUGGAUAAUGAAUAAAUAAUGAAUGUCCAGAAGAAUCACUACAUGGUCAUCACGUUUCAAGUGGAUAAAAUAACGAGAAAAGUUGCAGAUUGUAGCUUUAAAGUCUGGGAUCAUAACAGUAGGGUGCAAAUAUGUUCAAAGUUAUCAGUAGCAUUGUUUGGACUUAAAUUAGUUGGCCACUAAAUUUUAAAUGGUGGCAUAAUGUAAUGAUAUGCAUGUUCCACGAUAAACAGUAUGAGACAGCUAACUUUCUCUUUCUAAAGGAGAUCCAGUUUUUGUCAAACCUGUGUGAUUAAACUUUUCUCUGUAUGUGGUCUAUCUGAUUGACUUAGAACCAAACAGUUAUCCGUGACUCUCCAUUGGUCUUCAGAAAAGGUUCUCGUGCAGUACGUGAAAAGGUUAAGAUGUUUCUCUCCUCUCUUGCAAUAUUCACUUUUGUCUACAUCUCAUUUAGCUGAGGGCUAUACAGUAAAACUAGAGACACCACCCCAUUAUUGUUAUCAAUUCAUGAUAAGUGAUUGAUUCUUAAUGUUAUGUUGAAAAAAAUCUUUUAAAGAGUUGCCAAUUGUUAAGACAAAUGAAAAGGCAUCGAUUGUUCAAAUUUGAAUUCUGAUUUGCUUGCCUUAUGCUUUUUGUAGAUUAAUAUUUUUCUUAAACACAAUAUGGUAAAUGUGAGAAAAGGUUCUUGUUUCUUGUUCCUAGUAAAGAUGAUGGUAAGCUGAUAAAACCUUUCAGUUGAAAAGCCCCAUUUUCCCUCUGUUUAAUGUUUUUGAGGUAUAUUUCAAAUCUAUUUUCUAGAGAAUUUUCUUUAAAUUAUGUUGCUAGUGUUAUGAAAUAAAAACAACUUAAGGAGCUCAUUGGUGAGCCGUAUGGGGUGCUUUUUGUUAUAUGCAUAUCAAUUAAUUAA